AUGAAGAAUAGAGUGAGAGAAAGGGGAUUUCAGAUAAAAUUCAUCGAAUCGUUGAUCUCAUCUCUUCGUCUUCUCAAAGAACCGGGUGUCAAGGAAACAUUUGCGAUUUUGAGAAAGGAUCGUGCUAAAAGUGUUCAGACUUUUGCUCAAUAUGUAUAUGCUCUCCGCUGUGUUCUGGAGUAUAUCUUCUCAAAAGGAGUCCAGAAAAACGAGCAAGAAUGGGCGAAGUUCGAGCAUACUUAUGCGAAAAUCAAGGCGAAGAAGGGAAAACCACAGUUGAAUGAGAAGAAAGUGAAGAAGAACUCGUUGUCUCAAGAGAACUCGGAAACAAAUCUCGCUGAUCCGGCUGCUAAGAAACUGACGCCAACUCAACCCGCUCCACCAGCAGGAUCUUCUGAAGUUCAGACUCCGAAUCAUGGAGAUUCAACUGGACCAUCUCCAAUGACAUCCCCACUUCCAUCCCCAUUGACUCCUACUACAUCCACUGCUCCAUCUCUUGUCUCUCCAAUUUCUCCACUGACUCCACCGACUCACAGCUCUAAAAUCAUUGAUCUCACUCUUUCUAUGCCACCUCCUGUCUCGAAACCUAGUUUCCAAUUUCCUUCGAACGAAUAA